AUGGGAUCAAAAAGAAGUGUAUCUUCAAGGAACCAUUUUCUUAGCUACCAUGAAGUCACGUUUGCUGCUCUCUUUGCCAUAUUGAUGGUGUUUUCUGCUGGGUUAAUUGCAUUGUCCUGGCUAGUAAUCGGGGAAGCCGGAAAAGAUGCAGCAGUUGGAACAAGUCAUGAAACCAGAGGGACAUUGAAAAUAAUAUCUGGAGCUACAUAUAAUCUUAAUUUACAAGACAAACUCUCAGUGGAUUUCAAAGUUCUUGCUUUUAACAUUCAGCAAAUGAUAAAUGAGAUCUUUCAAUCAAGUAAUUUGAAGAAUGAAUAUAAAACCUCCAAGGUUUUACAAUUUGAAAAUGGCAGUAUUAUAGUCCUAUUUGACCUUUUCUUUGCUCAGUGGGUGUCAGAUGAAAAUGUGAAAGAAGAACUGAUUCAAGGCAUUGAAGCAAAUAAAUCCAGCCAACUGAUGACUUUCCAUAUUGAUUUGAACAGCGUUGAUAUCACAGCCUCCAUCAGAAAUUACUCACAUAUCAGUCCUGUUAUUACAUCUGUUUCUACCUCGAUUGAGCUUGCAUCACCAAGAAAUGCUUCAAUAAUGUGCCAACCUGGUUCAAAGCUUUGUGCUGAUGCUCUGAAGUGUGUAUCAACUGAUUUAUUUUGUGAUGGAGAAAUAAACUGUCCAGAUGGGUCUGAUGAAGACAAUAAAAUUUGUGCCACCCCUUGUGAUGGAAGAUAUUUAUUAACUGGAUCAUCUGGGUCUUUCCAAGCUGCCCAUUAUCCAAACCUAUCUACAUCAAGUGUUGUUUGUCAGUGGAUCAUAAGUGUAAACCAAGGACUGUCAAUUGAACUAAGGUUCGAUUCCUUUAAUUUACAUUAUACAGAUUUAUUAAAUAUUUUUGAAGGUGUAGGAUCAAGCAGGAUUUUAAGAGCUUCCAUUUCUGAAAUUGAUCCUGGGAUAAUUAGAAUUUUUUCCAACCAAGUUACUGCCAUCCUUUUCAUCCAAUCUGAUGAAAAUGAUUAUAUUGGCUUCAAUGCAUCAUAUACUGUAUUUAACACCAAUGAGCUUAAUAAUUAUGAGAAAAUAAACUGUCAUUUUGAGGAUGGCUUCUGUUUCUGGGUCCAGGAUCUACAUGAUGACAAUGAGUGGGAAAGGAUUCAGGGAAUCACCUUCCCUCCCUCUACUGGGCCAAAUUCUGACCACACUUUUGGCAACAUUUCAGGAUUUUAUAUUUCUACACCAACUGGUCCAGGAGGAAGAAAAGAAAGAGUGGGACUUUUAAGUUUACCCUUGGACCCCUCUUUGAAUCCAGUCUGCCUUAGUUUCUGGUAUUAUAUGUAUGGUGACAAUGUCUACAAAUUAAGCAUUAAUGUUAGCAGUGAUGAAAAUAUGGAGAAGACUAUUUUCCAGAAAGAAGGAAAUUAUGGACAAAAUUGGAAUUAUGGACAAGUGACACUAAAUGAAACUAGGGAAUUUAAGAUUGCUUUUAAUGCUUUUAAAAACCCAAGGCUGAGCGAUAUAGCAUUGGAUGACAUUAGCCUAACAAAUGGAAUUUGCAAUGAGAAUCUUUAUCCAGAACCAACUUUAGUUCCAACUCCUCCACCAGAACUUCCUAAGGACUGUGGAGGACCUUUUGAGCUAUGGGAACCAAAUACAACAUUCAGUUCUCCAAACUUUCCAAACAGCUACCCCAAUGAGGCUUUCUGUAUUUGGAAUUUAAAUGCAGAAGAAGGAAAAAACAUACAACUUCAUUUUCAAAAAUUUGACUUAGAAAAUAUUCAUGAUGUAGUUGAAAUCAGAGACGGAGAUGAGUCCUUAUUAUUAGCUGUGUACACAGGGCAUGGUCCAAUGAAAGAUGUGUUCUCUACCACCAGCAGAAUGACUGUGCUUUUUAUCACUGACGAGUUACUGGCAGGAGGGGGAUUUAAAGCAAACUUUACUAGUGGUUACCACUUGGGAAUUCCAGAGCCCUGCAAGGAAGACGAGUUUCAGUGCAAAAACGGAGAGUGUAUUCCACUGGUGAAUCUGUGUGACAGCCACCCACACUGUGGGGAUGGCUCAGAUGAAGCACAUUGUGUACGCUUUUUCAAUGGUACCAUGAACAAUAAUGGACUGGUGCAGUUCAGAAUCCAGAGCGUUUGGCACGCAGCCUGUGCUGAGAACUGGACUACUCAGAUUGCAAAUGAAGUUUGUCACUUGCUGGGUUUAGGGAAUGAAAAUUCAUCAAUAGCAACAUUCACAGCCGGAAGAGGGGCAUUUGUAAAAUUAAGCACAGCACUGAAUGGCAGUUUAAUACUAACACCCAGUGAACAGUGCUUAGAGGAUUAUGUGAUACUGUUGCAAUGUAACUAUAAACCAUGUGGAAAAAAACUGCUGGCUCAAAAAGUUAGCCCAAAGAUUGUUGGGGGAACUGACGCCAAAGAAGGAGCCUGGCCCUGGCUUGUUGGUCUGUCUUAUAAUGGCAACCUGCUCUGUGGUGCAUCUCUCGUCAGCAAUGCCUGGCUGGUAUCUGCUGCACACUGUGUUUAUGGGAGAAAUUUAGACCCAUCUAAGUGGAAUGCAAUCCUAGGGCUCCAUGACAGCACAAAUCUGACUUCUCCUCAUAUAGAAAGUCGGCUGAUAGAUCAAAUUGUCAUAAACCCUCUCUACAAUAAAAGGAUAAAGGACAGCGACAUCGCCAUGAUGCGUCUUGUAUUUAAAGUGAAUUACACAGAUUACAUACAACCUAUUUGUUUACCAGAGGAAAAUCAAGAUUUUCUUCCAGGAAGGAAUUGUUCUAUUGCGGGCUGGGGAAGGCUUGAAUCUGAAGGUCCAACUGUAGACAUCCUGCAAGAAGCUAAUGUUCCUCUUCUAUCAAAUGAGAAAUGUCAGCAACUGAUGCCAGAGUAUAACAUUACCCAAAAUAUGAUAUGUGCAGGCUAUGAAGAAGGAGGGACAGAUACUUGUCAGGGAGAUUCGGGAGGACCACUAAUGUGCCAAGAAAACAACAGAUGGUUCCUUGCUGGUGUGACAUCAUUUGGAUACAAGUGUGCACUGCCUAAUCGCCCAGGGGUGUAUGUUUUGGUCUCAAGGUUCACACAAUGGAUACAAAGUUUUCUACAUUAGAGUGUUUUUUUUUAAACCAAAAAUGAACAUGGUCCACUUUUCACAAUUCAUUCUAAGGAUCAUGGAAACUGAGACAUUUAUAUGAAAAAAUUAUUAAAAGAUUUUACUUUUACCUAAGCCACCAAAGUGCCAGGCAAGAGGAAUUAACAAAAUGAAUAACUAUAAUU